UCCCCUAACAAUGAAGCCAGCAGCAUCCCCAUAAUGAGCGGAGUCGGCCUUGAGGUCCUCUUGGAGGAUCUGAUCCCCGAGAUCGCGUAUUCUGGAGAGAAAGGUGAGUCUAAUUCCUCAUUGUAUCUACCAUUCGCUGUCUCUCUGAGUUUUACUUGGCGGAAGGCCUCUUCUCCAAAUGAAGCAUGUUCAGUUUUGUCAAUGGAUUCGCCUUCCAAGUUGCCGGUAUUUAUAUGCCAUCUGUAUUUCCUGUUGACCACUGUCUCAAGUCAUUCAUCGCUCUAAGUUGGUUCG